ACUUAAAAAUCUAUAAGGCUUAAAUUCGAGCAAUUAAGGUAAGAAUAACUCACAUUCUCAACCACUUCAGAUCGAAUUUUAUGAAAUUGUACUACUGUAUAAUAAUACUCUACGCUUUAUGAAAGUGUCCAAAAGCAAUAGCAGAUUGGAUUCCCUCAAAGGCAAUAAAAAAUAGGAAUAGUAACAGUAAAGCAACCCACCAACGUUAUAGCAGCUUUGCCCAUAUGCACAUAUAGUGAAGGAAUGAAUAAGUGCUUUACUUGUCACAGUUUUGUUCUUGGAGCCACAAAACUAUACUCGGAUACUCUAAAAAUUGCUCGCCGUCAUGUCUACUCAAAUAAAAACAAAAAAUUGAAACCUUUGGCAAGGUUCCAUUGUUUUCAGGAAAAAUUAAGGAUCAUGGAGGUUGAGUUGGGGCUAAAGAUCACAAGAACCAGAUAUGAUAGCACUUCCGUUUCUGAUUUUCAGUUUGCCAAAGACAGAUCAGGACCUGUCUUCUUGUCUAAAGAAACCGAUGCAAAGCUCAUCCUCACUGCACAUCUUAAAGGAUAUAAGAAGGAGGAUAUUGGCAUCAAUAUCAAUAAAGAUGGUAGUGAGAUUUCGGUGAGUGGGGAGAAGGAGGUGCAGGAAAUGCAAAUGAUACCGUUCAAGAAAGAGCUGAAAACCAUAGGGUUUGAGAAGAAGUUUGGUAUUCCUGAUGGGGUGGUUUUGGAUUGGAUCAAAGCUAAGUAUAACGAAGGGGAUGAAGUUUUGACAAUUGUGAUGCCAAAAACAGAAGUGGGGAAAGGAAAUAGAGAAAUUGAGGAGGUGAAUGAAGAAGUAGCAGAGCCAAGUGUACUAGAAAAUGUUGUUGAUAGUGUGACACCAGAGCCAGAGGAAAGUGUGCCAGAUAAGAGUGAAGAGGAAACACCUCCAGUGAAGAAGCCAGAAAAACCAUGGACACCUUGUCCUCCUUUGGUUUUUGGAGGAUCAACUUUGCUUGUAACUCUAAUAUUUCUUGUAAUAAACUAUAUUAGAGCCAGAAAGAGUUAAAUUUUGUUUUUAUUGCUUGGGGACCCGAUCGUAGUAGAGAAAGAGUUAAUUUAAGUUUGAUUCAAAGAUGUUUAUUUAUUUA